GGGUCAGACAGUAGCCCCGAGCGGUCCCACAAGAAGAAGAAGGACAAGGCCAGCAAAAAGAAAGAGAAGAAAAAGCACAAGAAAGUUGCCGAUCGAGAAGUCUCGGUGGAAAAACCGAGGGAAGGAAAGAGGAAGCACGAGUCGGAGGAUGAGAAGGCUACACCCCACAAAAAGCGCAAAAAGAAGAAGCUGGACAAACGGCACGGACAAGAGAUCAGCCCGCCUCCUGCCGCCCCGGCCCCGCCCCCGGUCCCCGUCGGAGGCAAGCACAAGAAGAUGGCCGCCGCGGGAGCCAAGCUGGCCAAGGGAGCCGAUCUCUACAACCCAGAAUUCCCCACGUCCAUCGCGCCUCGCGACGCGUCACAUGAUGUGUCUUCAAGCAAAAAGAAAAUGUCCUCGUCCUCCUCGCCCACCCCUAAAGUCAAAGGGAGGAAGAAGAAGAAAAAGGGCAAAGAGUUGGUGGAGCCGGUGCCUCCCAGCAGUGGCGGGGGUGGUGGUGGCGGGGGCGGUGAGUUGGGGGUGGGGUCGCUCCAAGAAGCUCCUCUCACCCCUCAUGAAAGUGCUGAAGGUGAAGAAGGGCCCCGAGUCGGUGAGCUCCAAGCGCUCGAGGUCGGCCAGCCGGGACUCGGCCCCGCCCGUGCGCAAGAGCGCGUGGUCGAAGGAGAGCCGGGAGUCAGUUUCCGAUCAGAAGCGAGGCGGGAAGAUGGUGGAGGAUCGGGGUCGCCCCAAGGAUCGAGGGGCCGGCAGGAAGGAGGAAGGUCACAGCAGCCGGGACGCCGGGGGCCACCGGAGGAACUUGUCCUCACAACCCAGUCGAGACGCGGCGCACGAAAUGGAGCACUUGCGGGACGGCUCGCGGGAUUCCCGACGGGACGGUGGGAAAGAUCGCAAAGAUGGCAGUGUUGGGAAGGGGGCAGACUCGGUCAGAGGGUCGGAUCGUGACCGGGAACGGGAUAGGGAGAGAGAUGGGGGGAAAGGAGGAGGCGGAGGAGGGAGCGGCAGAGGAGGUGAUGUGAGGAAGGACGGGCCCCCGGCUCCGUCUUCGCGGGAGAGGGAGAGGGGAGGGGACAGAGAGAGAGGAGGAGACAGGGAGAGAGAGAUGGGGCGAGGAGAGAACAGAGAGAGAGGCCGGAGAGGCGGAUCCCUGGAUAGGGAUAGAGAGGAGAGGAUGAGGAGAGGCACGGGAGAUUUCAGCACCCCUCACCAGAUGAACCAACAGGGUGACAGAGCUGGACGCUUUGGUCAGCGAGGAGAAGGUGACCGGGACCAGCGUUCGUUUGAGGAGCCGUCUCGCUUCCACGCCGGCGGGGAUUCUGGCGGGCCCCGAGGCGGUCAAUUUGGAGCUGAACGCGACCGGCAGAGGGGAGGGUUUGACCGAGGUGGCAAUGAUUCAUUUGAUCGGAGAGACCAGAGAGGAUUUGAUGGCCGGAUAGACAGAGGAAGACCUGGCUUCCCAGGUCCUGGGCGAGGCGGCGAGAGGUCAUGGGAGAGGGGAGCGAGAGAUGGACGAGAUGGCUACCGAGAUGACAUGGAGGGGGGGAGGGACGGGCGAGGGGGAGGGGGAUUCGGGGAGUUUAGGGGGGAGGACAGGGUCCGAGAGUUUGGCAGCGGGAUGCGUGAUGACCGUCGCGGCGUGGGGAGGGAGGAGAGGUUGCUUCCCUUUCCUCCGGGGAGCAACGACGGGAAGGGCCCCUUGCCUGGUGCGGAGGGGCGGGACGGCGGGCGGUUUGCGGGUGGUGGGGAGGACGUGAUUGGCCCGCGGGGGGGUUUUGGUGUGCGGGACGAUGACUGGAAGCCGCGGGAGGGGUCCCAUGACUCGAGGGAGCGAGAGAGAGAGGAGGGUCGCAGCAGGAGAGGGGGGGAGGAGUCGUCGGGAGGGGACGGGCGUUUGAGUCGGGGUAAUGGACGAGUGGAGCCGGCGCUUGCGGCGAAGGAUAAACUGUUGGACAGAGACGUGAAGGGGAGGGGAAUUGGGGAGAGAAAUUCUGGGCCCCCUGCGUUGUUGGAAGUGUCGGGUGCCAACAAGCCCAGUGCCACAGCCAAGGUGAAGGCCUCGCCUGCCAAGGAUGAGUCCCCACUAGCCAGAGACGAGCCCUCACUUGCCAGUUUGUUCUCGCAAACCGAGACCAUCGGGGUCAAGAAGAAGCCUCAGACCAAAAGUUUCGGCGGGAAGAAAAGCCCGAAGAGCUCGGACGAUGUGGGGAAAAAUGCUGACAAGUCGAAAUCGGCUAUCGGCAGUCGACUUAGCUCUCGCAGAGGUAAUCGGGCAACCGAGAGGAAGGCUCCACCUCCAAAAUCUGGCGAUAUGGGCAAGGAAAAAGAUGGUGGCAAAGAUGAAACAAAGGCUGUUGGCAAGGGCGAGGACAGUGCAAAAGACAGCAAAGUCUCCCGUACGCCCUCCCCCAAAGGCUCCCAGAAGAGUGGAGACUCGACCAGGUCCCGGCAGUCCCAGAGCCGGGCGUCCAAGCGGUCGUCUCGCUCUCCCGAGUCCAAGACCUCGCCGGCGCCGCCCAAGAGAGUCACCGACAGCUCUCGCUCGCCGCGGAAAACCUCGCGCUCGCCAGCGCCUGGGUCGACUACGAUGACAGCGACGACAACGACGACAGCUGGUAGAGAUAGGUCAGACCGCAAGGGGGACCCGGCCACGUCCUCACGCUCCCCAGCCCCCAGUGCGGGGAGUCUGAGGGAGCGGAGGAAGAAGGAGGAGGAGGCGAAGGUGGCCCCCAUGGAGAAAGACAAGAAAAGGCCUAGGUCAAGGUCGGGCAGCCAGUCGGGCUCGGAGUCGCGACACAGCAGCCACGUGGUGCCGGUGGUGGAGGAGGAGAAGAAACGGCGCAAGUCCUCCGAUACCGACGACGGUCAGCAGGACGAGAAAGUGUUCAGCGAUUGGUCGGACGAUGACGACGCAGCCAACAUCCUGGAGGGAGGCGACCCCAGGAAGAACGAGGUGGAAGACUUGGACCAUCAUGAGUACGAACCAGAGCCCAGACACCGUCGCAGCCCGGCCGGAGCUCGUUACCCCGACCACCGCCACAACCGCCCCAUGGACUUUGAUAACCCCGGACUGGUGGACAUACUUAUGGAGAACCAUUGUGAGUAUCUUGGACAUUGACCUAGCGGCCCUGAUGCCGGCGGCCAAACCGCGCGCGCCGCCCGGCCCCGUGUUCCAGCGCUAUAAGGCGUCGGCCGUGUUCGGAGAGCUGGGGCUGUCCCAGGCCUACGCCGGCGACGGCCUGUACGUGCAGGUCAAGGACGCCUGUCAGAGACAGCUGGACAAGAUGGCCGACGACGAGAGCCGGGCGUCUGAAGAACUGGCAGCGAGUGUGGAGAAGAAGGAAGAGUCUUCGACAGCGCCAGAAAGCGUUUCCGGCGAGGUGAAAAAGGAAAACCUGGAGAAAACAUUGAACCCUGUUGUGAAAUCCGAACCCGAUACGGACGCCGCAAUGGACGUUCAGACUUCUGAACCACCACAGUCGUCCACGUCUGAGGAAAAAACCGACCAACAGAUAUCGACGACCUCCUCGGAAAAGCCGAAUGUUAAAACUGGCAAAUCGGCAGUCCUGACGGCUGUGGCGAAGCCAGAAUUCAGACUUUACGGUGGCACGUCGGCUUAUCACAGACUGUACAAAUCCAGGGCCCAGCACAAGUCUGCUCUGCUGGACAACGUUGGCCUGUUCCGACGCGCUCUCACCGCUCGCAAAGACCUGGAUGUUCGCAGACAGUUGUGUCGGAUUGACCCGAAGUACGACCAAGGCGCCGUCUAUCCGUCUGGAUCGGGGGACCCAGAUCUUCUCCGACAGUGUGUGCUACUUUUCCGCCAACAUCGGCCGCAGGGCUUAUCCCUCCCGCAGAGCAAUGGCGUUCGACAAGGAUACUCGGUGACCUCAGACAAGGACACCAGCGGUGUGAAGCAAGAGGCAGCCAGUAUAGAGAGCUCUUAGGUGUUCAUUUUGUGAAGGUUAAUUAGCCCCUUGGUGAUGUAUGGUUUUUCCUACUUUUACUGUACCCAAUUAUUGCUAUGCAGGACGUUCAAAGUUAUUGUAGUGCUAUUAUAGAAAACUGUACGGUGUACAUAGUAAGGUCCACGCGAUUGCCGUAAUCGGCGGAUUUUAGGAUGCACAUUGUACGGGAGGACGUCAUCUUGGCACACAAUGUUGGACGUACGAUGUACGGGAGCUGUUAACCCCUUUAUUGCUGGGGGGUGUGCUGGGUUCCUACCGUCAGCUCUGAUUUUCAGUCAGUUUUAAGUUUGUUAGCCAGGACAGCGGUCUCAUGUCUCAGUGGUAGUGGAUUCUCCCGUCUAUAUUUAGCCUGCUCAUGACCUCUUGGGACCCGCAGGGCUUUGAUAGUGUCACUUUCCUCACUCUCCUCAUUUCAUAUAGUCUCAAUCUUGCCUGUAAUUUCAUACAACUUGCUAGUCGAAAAGUGAAAUCUGCUGCCUUUUUUAAAGUUGUUUUGAUGUUUGCGUUUUGCGAGAACACACUUUUGUCUACAACACGAGACUUAUGUUUAUAGAUGGCUUGCAAGACUAGCAACUGAUACAAGCAAAUUUGGUACCGGUCUGUGCAUCAUUUUCUACUCCUGAAUACACUGUGCUUGUGGCUAAAUCUCUGUACUGAAGAAUUAGAGCCAGAUAGAUGAUACGAUGUACCGGUAAUGUUUUAUGAGCAACCAAGAACGGCAAAUUUUGCCAACUUUCAUUAUGUCCAGUGUACGGCACAAAUGAAUUUUGGAAUUACACAUUUUUUCGGUGUAUUAGGUAUGUCUUAAGGCAGCGAAGGGGUCAGUAAAUGAAUAGCGUUUGUAUAACGCUUAUCUCUGCUUGACAGCAAGCUCUGUGCACUUUACAAUCUACGGUUGAGUCUGCUUGAAAUUCAGAACCGGCUGUAAACCGAGAGAAAGUAAAAAUCGCUGUUUUUUUCUUCUGUUGAGCAAGGUCUCUAAACUGAAAACCGAGCGUAACCGAAGAAAACAGAUUUUGGUUAUUGAGUUGAUUGGGGGCUUAAAACCUUUACAGCUACACGGCAGAAUGUUCAGACUGGACUGGCGUCUGUGGUGCAGUGAUUAGGCACUUUGCUGUCUCACUCUGGAGACCCUGAGUUCUAUUCCCAAGUGGGAAGAAAAUCUUAAUCGAGUGUCUCGGUCUAUCUGCUGGAAUGUUGUAUCCCUCUCAGCUUGGGUUGGCUCUGACAGGCAGGGUAGGAAGCUCGCCUCCUAUAGGAUCUAAGUUGUAUUGGUGAGGGUCUAAAAACAUCUGUAUUUAAUUAUUUUUUUUAAAGAAAAAAAAAGAUGUUAAGACUGGAUAUCCAUUUUCUUGUGGACACUUUCAAAAAGAGGAAAGUUUUAUUAUCCCCCAAAAUCUGACUGGGGAUGUUACUGGACUUGGUUGAAGAUAAUGCGAUGAAACCCCCCAAAAUUUCUCAUUUUACUUUUGACUCUUUAAAAAAAACAUUUUUCUCCCAAUUUCCCAGCUCUAUCGUCGCCCUUGUGAUGCGACUGCCUAACCCCAGUAGAGUAAAUCUUAUGGGAGAAGUAA